AUGGCGCUGUCGUUUCAAGCAGGAUGGAAGAGAUGCAACAUAGCAAGGGCAACACAGCAGCCGAAGGCGCUUAGCAGUCCUGAGAAUGUGGACAAGGGACAGAGAGCCUCUGUCAUGUGUCAAGUGAUGCAUGGUGUCCGGAAGAUGAGGAAGGCCAUUGCAGCUGGCAACCUGGAGGGUGCCACUCAUAUCUUCUUGCAGAGAGCGGAGGCGGCAUUGCAGGGAGACUUCCGCUCUGGCACAGACAUGUGUGACAUGCUGCUUGUCAUUUGUGGCCGGACUGGCGAUGUUGAGCUGGCCACGAAGCUGCUGGAUCGAAUGGUGACUGUGGGCAUGCCGUGUGGCCGGGUUGCACACAACAGCAUGAUAUUCGCUCUGUGCAACACUGGCCGUAUCCAAGAAGCAGCCGAGCACCUUUUGAUGAAGGUUCCACAGACAACAGUAACCACUGCAAUGUACAACCAAGUUCUGAGAAACUGUGCACACACAGGCAAUGUUGAUUUGUUCAAGGAAUGCCUUCAGUACAUGAUGACGAAAGGCAUUGACCACGACGAAGACACAUGGGUCGAGAGGCUGAGGAUUUCUGGGCAGCAGGGUGAAGGCCAUGUAGCUGAAUGCUGGAAGGAUUACUUGUCUGCUUCAGCCUGCGUUGGAUACAAGGCCAGCUGUGCAAGAGUCAUGGCGCUACAACGUUGUGGAUCUGCUGAAGCAACUUCAUUGGCUGUGAGGGAGAUGGCAGACAACAUUUGGCACGAGUUGGCAGGGGAUGACAGAAAAGCAGCAAAGGAGAGCCUAUUGAAAGCUUUCAAUGCAGCGAUCUGUGCUGCUGAAAGGAGCUCUCGUCAUGAUUUGGUCAAGUCGCUGCUGUUGCAAAUGAGGAAUUGGUCCAUACAGCCAGAUAUCUACACAUACAAUUCCCUCCACAGGACGAUGGCCAAGACGGGAGGAUCAAGUGCAGACAGUGAGGUGCUGCUCCAAGAGAUGAGGGAACAUGGCGUGAUUCCCAAUGAUCACAGCUUUGCACAGUUGUUGCAGCGACACUCAGAUGCAGGAGACUGUGAGGGUGCUGAGAAAGCCUGGCAACGAAUGCAGGCAGCAGGUCCUGUGUUGGAUGAACUGGUCCUGCAGUUGCUUUCCCUCACACCCCACAAAGAACUGUGCAUACUUUAUUAUUGUUGUUGA